GGCGGAGGGAAGGAGCUGCCUCUCUGUGUCUCUUUCUCGGGAAGGCAGGCGAGGCAGAGGAGGAGGGCAGCCGUCUUUUCCCGCCUUCUCCUCGAAUCCCUUCCUUCCCUGCCCGUCGAGGUGUGCUUUCCCGCCUCACCCGCGGCCAUGGGCGCCGCCGACUGCACGAGUUACGUGACGGCGGAGAAGGUGCUGGUGGGCGCCUUCAGCUGCCCGCGGGAGGGCGGCGAGGCCAGCGCCAUCUACUGCUGCGGCUUCCAGGACGUCAAGUACUGCUGCGACGACCCCCACAGCUUCUUCCCUUACGAGCACAACUACAUGUGGUGGCUCAGUGUUGGAGCACUUGUUGGCUUGUCAGUCGCAGCAGUUGUCCUGCUGGCUUUUAUGAUCACUGUAUGUGUUCUCUGUUACUUGUUUAUCAGCACAAAGCCACGCAGAAAAUUGGAUACAGGCUUAAGCUUAAGCUUACAGGCAACAGAUGUAGAAACUAGGAGGAAUUCUUUAUGUUAAAGAAAGAUAUGUACAGGCCGGUUCCUCAAACAAAUAGAUGAAAAUUGCAUCCUUGAGAAGGCACCAGCAAUUCAGCCUCCAAAGAGCUAGAGAAAAAAAUGAAUUCAGAACUGUAACCUGGAGAGCAAAAAUCCAGUGCAAGAACCUAAGAGUUCCUUGAAAUGUGUUUUUAAGCCACUGUGAUCCCUGUUAAAUGCUAAGGAGCCAGGCAGAACAUAUAUCCAUGGAUAUAAAAUCAUCAUUGUAACCAUUCAUGCAGCAUUGUAGGCCAUGAUCCAGGGACCCUUUAGCCUUUUUGGAGACAAACAUUGUCUUAUACAGUUGGCCCUCCGUAUCCAUGGAUUCCACGUCCAUGGCUUCAACCAUCCACAACUUGAAAUUACCCCCUCCCCCAAAGAGACAACCCAAAAAGCUUUUAAACUGAUGUUAAUGUUAUUUUAAUUCAUUAUGUAUUUCAAUUGUUGUUCAUGUCCUUAACUGCAUAAUGUGUCUGGUUGUUGCUGUGUUUUAAUCUGUUUUCCACUGCCUCAACCCAUUGUAAGAGGUUGGUGAGAAAUUAUUGUUGUUGCUGAUGAUAAUAAUGUUGCAGUGGCCAUGUUUACAAGAGUUACAAAGUGGCACUUGUGUCUUUCAAGGUUUGCACUGUUUCUGUUUCUCACAUAUAUGUAUAUAUGAGGACAGGAGUCCAUUUCCAUAAAUCUAUAUUCAUUACAGGAAAGGCAUUUUGUAUUGAGCAGAGAUGUGCAACUCAAAUCAGUCUGAGGGGCCACUUUUCUAUUUUUCCAAAGUCAGUGCAAGUGAAAUACAUCAUCACAUUAUCAACAGAUAGUUUUUUUCUCCUACAGUACCAAUACAUUCUUUACAACUUUUCUCCUGUUGGUGUUUUAUUAUUUUUCACCAAUGAAGACUUCUCUGAACUCUUUGUGUUCAUUGUCUCCCCCUCCCUAUUUUGGCUUAUAGCAUAUAACAUAUGUAUUCAAAUCUAAUGUGCCAUCAAAUGUAGUGUGCACUUCAAUUUUCAAAACCCUGAAACAAAGAUAAAAAUUGCUGGUGAAUGUAAUGUGCAACAGCAAAAAGUGCAUUCUUUGUAAUUUGGCCAAAAAAGGUGUGCAUUACAGUCACUGCGUGCUUAGAAUUCCUUUUUUAAAACCAAAGUGUUAGCAUACCAAAUCUUCCAGGAAUUGAAAGGAAAACCAGAGAAAUAGGUAACCGUUCCCUCAAGGAGUUUCUCCUGUUUAUCUUGCCUCAGCUUCCUUGAGUGAAUCGAUGCUACAGAAUGAAUGCAGCUUGACAUCACUUUAAUUGCCCUGGCUCAGUGCUAUGGAAUCCUGGAAGUUGUAGUUCUAUCCGCUCUUUAGCCUUUCUGUCGAAUAGGGUUGGUGCCUCCCCAAACUACAAAUCUCAGGAUUCCAUAAAUCAAAUCAUGGUAUUCUAAGUGUUAUUUAACAGCAUACAUUUUGUUGUUGAAGGCUUUCAUGGCUUUGACAACAAAAUGUAUGUUGUUUGAUAACACUUAGAACACGAAUCAAGGAACAUAAAGGCACUGCAGACUGAUUCAACUGGAGAAGUCAGCCAUAGCAGAACACUUGAUGAACCAACCUGGACACAGCGUAUUAUUUGAGAACACAGAAAUGCUGGACCACUCUCACAACCACCAUGUCAGACUACACAGAGAAGCCAUUGAAGUCCACAAGCAUGUGGACAAUUUCAACAGAAAGGAGGAAACCAUGAAAAUGAACAAAAUCUGGCUACCAGUAUUUAAAAAUACUCUAAAAUCAGAACAGUAAAUAAGGAGCAACACUCAGAGAAAUUCCAGACAUGAAUCUAUCAGGGGUAGCUAACACCUUUGAACAAAAGAUUCCCCCAGGCAGGAAGAAGCCAGGACAUGAAUCUGGCAAGGCUAUUCAUGCUAAUCAAGGUGAUUAAUUACAACAUUCACACUGGCCUCCAACAGACAAGAGUUCCUACUCACACCCUGGACCUUCCACAGAUAUAUAAACCUUCCUUGCUUAGUUUUUUCCAAUAUACAGUAGAGCCUCACUUAUCCAAGCAAAACGGGCCGGCAGAAGCUUGGAUAAGCGAAUAUCUUGGAUAAUAAGGAGGGAUUAAGGAAAAGCCUAUUAAACAUCAAAUUAGGUUAUGAUUUUACAAAUUAAAUAUCAAAACUUCAUGUUAUACAACAAAUUUGACAGAAAAAGUAGUUCAAUAUGCAGUAAUGUUAUGUUGUAAUUACUGUAUUUACGAAUUUAGCACCAAAAUAUCAUGAUAUAUUGAAAACAUUGACUACAAAAAUGGCUUGGAUUAUCCAGAGGCUUGGAUAAGCGAGGCUUGGAUUAGUGAGACUCUACUGUACCUCACAUCUAAGACAUCUGCGAUAGAUGUGGGCAAAAUGUCAGGAGAGAAUGCUUCUAGAACAUGGCCCUACAGCCCAGAAAACACACAACAACCCAGCAUAAAUUUUUAUAGUAUAGGUGCAUCCUAGGUGAUGCCAAAGUCCUUGGAUGAAAAUACACUGGAAGUAAUGCAGUGUGACACUACUUUCACUGAUAUGACUCAAUGCUGUGGAUUCAUGGGCGGCAGUAGUUUACAAGGUCUUCGGCCUUCUCUGCUAAAGAAUGCUGGUCCCUCACCAAACUACAACUCCCAUCCCUUGCCAUUGGCUGACAUCUGACUACAUGUAGAGGAGCACAUAUAUGUUGGGUUGUUGUAUGUCUUUCGGGCUGUGUGGCCAUGUUCCAGAAGUAUUCUCUAUGGCCACACAGUAUGGCCACACAGCCCGAAAGACAUACAACAACCCUGUGAUCCUGGCCAUGAAAGCCUUCGACAACACACAUAUAUGUUUUUAAAAAGGAAAUUGCUAAUCGUUAUUUAAAAUACGUCUCCAUAUUAUAUUGUCCACCUAUACUUAACUAAAUCUUAUGAAACUGAGUUCAUGCAAGUGACUGAAAACGGUAAUGAUAAAUGAAAAUGUGAACAUUUAUGGUUGUUUAUUAGCUUUUUGUGAUGGUAUCUUUUGUCCUCAAUGUUAGAAAUGUCUCUCAUCUAAACAAAAGCAUGACAGCCUGAUGAUUUAAGGAAAAACUGAAACAAUGUGCAUUCUGGUGCAAAUCUUAAAAUCUGUAUUAUCUUUGUAAUGUUGGAAUUGCUGUGUCUGCUCCUGAUGGUGCAAAACAUGCAAACAACUGCCUGUCAUUCUAAAUAGACAAAGUGUAUUAUUCACACCUUCACAAUCAAUGACUUGGACCCUGUAAUGUUAUUCUAGUGCCCUGAUUUUUCCAGCCUAAUUUGUAUUGGCAGCCAGUUCAAGAGUGGCCUUUGUGUGACAGCUUUUCUAUACUAUCAUUGUAAUAUACAACAUCCAGUUCUUUCUUGUAAUUACAUGAUGGGGUCAGUUCAGAAAACAUUAAAGACAUUAUUUCUGA